UCUUCUAACUCUUAUUCAUAUAUCAAAAAUUCAAAAUAGUCAUCACUUUCAACUCUCAAAACUAUAAUAAUAUAAUAAACUGAAGCAAAGAAAAUAAUUCAUGGAUACGUUUAUGACUACCACCCGGGUGUUACCAGAACCCGACCUUUACCUAUACACUUCAGUCUCAACACCCAUUCCAGUUCAUGCCAGCAUCUUGGCUUCGGCAUCACCGGUUUUAGAGAACAUCAUAAUGUCCAACAAAAUCAUCAAAAUCUCCGGCGUUCCGCACCGAGCUGUCAUUGCCUUCCUACGCUUCCUCUAUUCCUUCAGGUGCAGGAAGGAGGAGAUGGAGAAGUACGGAAUGCACCUUCUAGCGCUAUCGCACGUGUACGCGGUGCCGGAGCUGAAGAAAAGGUGCGUGAAAGCAGUGGGGGAGCACGUGACAGAGGAGAGCGUGGUAGACGUGUUGCAACUGUCGCGGCUCUGCGACGCACCGGAUCUUUAUCUCAAGUGCGUGAAGUUGGUGGAUGAUCGGUUCAAGAAGGUGGAGAGAACUGAGGGAUGGAGAUUCUUACAGAACCAUGACCCUGCUCUCGAGCUAGAUAUCCUCUGUAUUCUUGACGACAACGAUAACAGGAAGAAGAGAUUGAUGAUGAGGAAGAGACAAGAGAAGGUGUACUUGCAACUGAGUAAAGCAAUGGAGUGUUUGGAACACAUUUGUACGGAAGGGUGCACCAAUGUGGGGCCCUACGAUGUGGAACUUCGAAAGGGGAGAGAACCAUGCACCAAGUUUGGUGACACGUGUCAGGGGAUGCAAGCUUUGAUACAACACUUUGCCACGUGUACGAACGGGAAUAGUGGAGGCUGCAUGAGGUGCAAGCGCAUGUGGCAGCUCUUUAGGCUUCACUCCUCCAUUUGCCAUCGCCAUGAUUCCUGCAAGGUCCCUCUUUGCAGACAAAUUGAAUUGAAGAGGCAAGAAGAGAAGAGAAAAGAUGAUGGAAGAUGGAGACUACUUGUGAGGAAGGUGGCUUCAGCCAAAGCCAUGUCAUCUUUGUCACUCUCAAACACCAAGUGUGGGUUCAACAAAUUCUAGAGGGAUCACAAACAAUAAUCCUCCAUCACAAGUUUUUUUUUAUGUUAAUUAUAUCUGUACUUAACUAAUGUAAGAUAUGUUUUGUAUAUUUUUCCUUGAAUAAAUAAGUUUUUAUAUA